UUCGUCCAGAGCUGGGCGAAGCGGGACGCGUUCUGCCGCGUGGGCUGCGGCGACCGCUGCCCCGCCUGCGGGAAGGUGGAAGGCUUCUGGAAGCCCCAGCAGCUCUGCAGCCUCAUCCCCAGCCAAAGCGGGGUCUUUGCCAAAUGCCACAGCAAGAUGAGCCCCAGCUUCUUCUACAAGAACUGCCUCUUCGACACCUGCGUCGAUGGGGGAGCCAUGCAAACGGCCUGCAGCUGGCUGCAGAAUUAUGCCAGCACGUGCCAAACGCAGGGCAUCGCCGUUACCGGCUGGAGGAACUUCACCUCAUGCUCCGUCAGCUGUCCCCCCAACAGCCACUACGAGAGCUGCGUGUCCCUGUGCCAGCCCCGAUGCGCCGCCAUCCGCCUGAAGAGCGACUGCAUGUGCGGCUGCUACUCUGAUGGCAAAUACUAUGAGCCCAAGCAGCUCUUCUGGACCGGGGACUGCACCCGGCGGUGCCGCUGUUUCCGGCGCAACCUCAUCCAGUGCGACCCGCGGCACUGCAAGUCGGACGAGGAGUGCGCCCUGCGCAACGGCGUCCGCGGCUGCUUCAGCACCAGGAGCUCCUUCUGCCUGGCGGCGGGCGGUGGCGUCUUCCGUACCUUUGACGGGGCCUUCCUCCGCUUCCCCGCCAACUGCGCCUUCGUCCUCUCCACCAUCUGCCAGAAGCUGCCCGAUUUCUCCUUCCAGCUCAUCAUCAACUUUGACAAGUGGUCCUUGCCCAACCUCACCGUCAUCUCCCCUGUGUACUUCUACAUCAAUGAGGAGCAGAUCCUCAUCAGCGACAGGAAUACCGUCAAGGUGAACGGCAGCCACGUGAGCAUCCCCUUUGUCACGGGGCUUUCCACGAAGAUCUUCAGCCAGGAGGGCUUCCUGGUCAUAGACUCCAGCCCCGACAUUCAGAUCCGCUACAACGGCUUCAACGUCAUCAAAAUCGCCGGAGAGCGGCUGCAGAACAAGGUGUGCGGCCUCUGCGGCAACUUCAACGGCGACCGGACGGACGACUACGCGACGCUGCGGGGGAAGCCGGCGGUCAGCAGCGUGGUGCUGGCGCAGAGCUGGAAAACCAACGGCAUGCAAAAGAGCUGCAACGAGCUGCAGUACUCGCAAUACACCGCUUCCUGCGACAACGUCCAGAUCCAGGAGCUGCAGAGCGACAGCUACUGCCUGAAGCUGACGGACAUGAAAGGUUUCUUCCAGCCCUGCUAUGGCCUCCUGGACCCCCUGCCCUUUUACGAGUCCUGCUUUCUGGAUGGCUGCUACAACCACAAGAAGGUCCAGCUGUGCGGUUCGCUGGCCGCUUACGGCGAGGCCUGCCGCACGUUCGGCAUCCUGGGCACCGAGUGGAUCGAGAAGGAGAAUUGCUCAGGAGUGGUGGAAGAUCCCUGCGUGGGCGCCGACUGUCCCAACCGCAGCUGCGAGCUGGACAACGGCGGGGAGCUGUGCGGCUGCAUCGAGCCCCCACCCUACGGGAACACCACCCACGACAUCAUUGACGCGGAGGUGACCUGCAAAGCCGCCCAAAUGGAGGUGUCCAUUUCGAAGUGCAAGCUGUUCCAGCUGGGCUUUGAGCGUGAGGGGGUGCGGGUCAAUGACCGCCAGUGUCCCGGCAUCGAAGGGGAGGACUUCAUCUCCUUCCAGAUCAACAACACCAAAGGCAACUGCGGAAAUGUGGUGCAGUCAAACAGCACGCACAUAGUGUACAAGAAUACGGUGUGGAUAGAGAGCGCUAACAACACCGGUAACGUCAUCACCCGGGACCGGACCAUUAACGUGGAGUUUUCCUGCGCCUACGAGCUGGACAUCAAGAUCUCCCUGGAUUCCGUCGUGCGGCCCAUGCUCAGCGUGAUUAAUCUGACGGUGCCGACGCAGGAAGGGAGCUUUACGACCAAGAUGGCCCUGUACAAGAACUCGUCCUACAAGCACCCCUACCGGCAGGGCGAGGUGGUGCUCACCACCCGGGACGUGCUCUACGUGGGGGUCUUUGUCGUCGGGGCCGAUUCCAACCACUUGAUCUUGAUGCUGAACAAGUGCUACGCGACCCCCUCGCGGGACAGCAACGACAAGCUGCGCUACUUCAUCAUCGAGGGAGGGUGCCAAAACGUGAAGGACAAUACCAUCGGCAUCGAGGAGAACGGGGUGUCAUUGACGUGUCGCUUCCACGUCACCGUCUUCAAGUUCAUCGGCGAUUACGACGAAGUUCACCUUCAUUGCGCCGUCUCGCUCUGCGAUUCGGAGAAAUACUCCUGUAAAAUAAACUGCCCUCAGCACACAAGGAUGGCCAGCGCGUUCGCUGAGGAGUCCAAGGAGCAGAUCCUCUCGGUGGGGCCUAUUCGGAGGAAGCGAUCUGACUGGUGCGAGGACAACGGAGGCUGCGAGCAGAUCUGCACGAGCCGGGCGGACGGACCCCUGUGCAGCUGUGUGACAGGGAUGCUGCAAGGGGAUGGCAAGAGCUGCAGGGGCAAGUACCAGCAGCGAC